AUGGAUAGCGAAUACACCAUUGAUGCCGGUAACACGGCUUGGGUGAUGAUGUGCGCCGCCCUCGUCUUUUUGAUGACACCAGCACUAGGAUUGUUUUAUGCUGGUCUCGCACAAGCCAAGAAUGCCUUGUCUCUCAUGUACCUCACCAUGUUGUGCGUGGCAGUGGUUUCCUUCCAGUGGUACAUUAUUGGCUAUUCAUUGACCUUUUCACCCAACGCUGGUCCAUUUAUCGGUGAUACCACUCAUUUCUUAUUACGUGGCGUUGGCGUAGCUCCUGCAUUUGAAGGACAAACCAUUCCUGCCAUGGUCUACAUGAUAUUUCAAGCCAUGUUUGCUUGUCUUACACCAGCACUGGCUUUUGGUGCUGCCGCGGAACGCAUGUCGCUUGGUCCCUCCAUCAUUUUUAUUUUUGUAUGGACAACCCUCGUUUACGAUGUUGUUACAUGUUGGAUUUGGAAUCCCAAUGGAUGGCUUUACAAAAUGGGUGCUAUGGAUUAUGCAGGUGGCGCCACCGUUCACGCAUCCAGUGGCCUUGCUGCUGUCGCUUAUGCAAUGUUAUUGGGCAAAAGAAGACAUCUUCAAGAACAAACGCAUCCAACACCACACAAUGUCUCAUACAUGUACAUUGGCCUUGCAUUCUUAUGGUUUGGAUGGUUUGCAUUCAAUGCUGGUAGCGGCCUUGCAGCUGAUGCACGUGCAGCCAACUCGUUUGUAGCGAGCCACCUUGCAGCUUGUGUGGGUGCUGUCGUCUGGAUCAUGAUUGACUGGUUGUAUACACGCAAAUGGAGUGUCGUCGGCUUGACAACAGGUGUCAUUGCAGGCCUCGCCACAAUCACACCAGGAUCAGGAUUUGUGUCUCCUAGCAGUGCCCUUUUGUUUGGCUUUCUUGGCAGCGUUGCAUGCAAUUAUGCAGUUCGAUACAAGCACAAGUAUGGCUUUGACGACGCGCUUGAUGUCUUUACGGUGCACUAUGUUGGCGGCUUGGUUGGAUUGUUGUUGACAGGCAUCUUUGCGGAACGCUAUGUGAUUGGCCUUGGAAGUCCUCAAGGUACACCUCUUGAAGAUAUUCAAAUUGGCGGAUGGCUCGAUGGUCAUUGGAUGCAAGUGCCCAUACAACUUGCCAUGAUCGCUGCUGUUUCGGGAUGGUCUUUUGUCGUCACCUACAUCAUGCUUCUUAUCAUUGAUAAGAUUCCAUCCAUGCAGUUACGUUUGCAUCACGAGGAUGAAAGAAUUGGUACCGACCGAGCUCAAAUGGGAGAAACAGCCUAUGGCUAUGUUGAAUGGGGAGAAGAAAUGCGUCGUGUCAAUAGCCGUAUCACCGAUGGAGCAGCUGCAUCCCUAUAUUCAGUGAGGCGUUUUGAUCCAUUCAGCUUUGCUAAACGUCUUUUUGGACGAGGAGAACGAUCAACUACUGUAGCUGGAGCACCUACAUUAACCGAAGAAGCAGUACUUGAUUAUGGCCAAGCCAAAAACCUUGGAUCAAUACCACUUGCAAAAAUGCCACCACCACCACCUCCAUUAUCAUCAUCAUCAUCAUCUACGAAUCAGUGGCAACAGCACAAACAACAACAAUACGCACAUUUACAUAUUGGCCAAAGCGCCGAUAACUCUACUGGGCAAAGCAGCGGCAGCAGCAGUAGUAGCAGCAAUCAACCUAGCAACAGUAACAGUGAGAGUGACCCCACUACAUUGGCACCCGCGGCUACCAGUGGCACAUCCUCAUCAUCACAAUCCCUUCAAGUAUCGCUAAACGACAAUGCAUCAGCAUCAAGGUCAACACCCUCACUUGCUAUUGAAGAAAUAUCAAUCGGCGGCGGCAUUGUUGAGAGUACUGAAAAUGGUAUCAUCGUGCAUGACUACGCUUAUGCUGGUGAAGCCGACAACAACCAAAACAGCAAACCAAAAGACGACAACAACAACGUAGAUGAUGAUCAAAAACAAGCCAACCGCGCUUAG